CUUCUAGAAGAUUGUUCCACGUGUUUCUCGUUGGCUUCAAAUUAAGGAAAAGAAAAAAUAAAAUAUAUCGGACUGAUCGCACUCUUGCAAAUCAAGUUAAUUUUGUUUUAUUUGUUAGGUUUCUUUUAAAGAAAAUAAUAUUGUUUAUUUACCUCGUUGUAUUAUGUAGCUUUCAAAAAUUGACCGGACCGAUCAUCUUUUUAACAAUAGUGAUUGAGCUUACCCGAAUCCCAAUCAGAGCACCAUAUUUGGCCUCAUCGUUCUGCAGAACCUUCAAUUCAGUUUACAUGGCUACCCCUCACUUCCUUUUGUUCCCAUUCAUGGCACAAGGCCAUAUGAUCCCCAUGGUUGACCUCGCCAAGCUUCUCGCCCACCGUGGCGCCAUUGUCACCAUCGUCCUCACACCCAACAACGCCGCCCGCAACCACUCUGUUCUUUCUCGCGCCAUCGAUUCCGGCUUGCAGAUCCGUGUCGUCCAGCUGGAGUUUCCAUGGAAGGAAGGUGGUCUCCCAGAAGGGUGCGACAAUGUCGACUUGCUUCCUUCGCUUACCUCCAUGUCCACUUUCUUCAAAGCCGCCAGUCUCCUUUACGACCCUUCCGAAAAAUUGUUCCUCCAACUCCAUCCCCGUCCCGCUUCCAUAAUCUCCGAUAUGAAUCUUCCCUGGACCCUCCAACUUGCUCAAAAAUUUCAUGUCCCGAGACUCGUUUUCUAUAGUUAUAGUGCCUACUUUCUCCACUGUUUGCAGGGCUUAAUGACCCACCGUGAUCCUGUCGAGUUUCACAAGUCGGAGUUACCUAGAGCCACCGACGCAGACCUGGCCAAGUUUGGGGUUGAAAUGAUGCUGGCCGAUGCGCAAUCUUACGGCGUUGUUUUUAAUUCUUUCGAGGAGAUGGAGCCUAAGUAUGUAGCCGAGUGUAGAAAGACAAGAGAAUCGCCAGAAAAGGUGUGGUGCGUCGGCCCUGUUUCCCUUUGCAACAACGACAAACUCGACAAAGCAGAAAGAGGCAACAAAGCCUCAAUCGACCAACACCAAUGCAUCGAAUGGCUCGACGGGCAGCAACCAACAUCCGUGGUCUAUGUCUCUCUGGGAAGCAUCUGCAAUUUGGUGACGGCCCAACUCAUAGAGCUGGGAUUGGGAUUGGAGGCGUCGAACAAGCCAUUUAUUUGGGUCAUAAGGAAGGCAAACCUUACCGAAGAGCUACUGAAAUGGCUGGAGGAGUAUGAUUUGGAGGGGAAAACCAAAGGGAGAAGCCUCGUGAUUCGUGGAUGGGCUCCUCAAGUUCUCAUACUCUCCCACCCUUCAAUUGGGUGCUUUCUGACGCACUGCGGUUGGAAUUCGAGCAUCGAAGGGAUUUCGGCGGGCGUGCCGAUGAUCACGUGGCCGCUGUUUGCGGACCAAGUGUUCAAUUAUAAGCUAAUCGUAGAGGUUCUGAAGGUGGGUGUGGGUAUGGGGGUGGAGACAGUUAUGCACUGGGGGGAGGAGGAGGAGAUAGGGGUGGUUGUGAAGAGAGAGAAAGUGAGAGAAGCCAUAGAAAUGGUGUUUGAUGGAGAGGACAGAGAGGAGAUGAGGCAGAGAUCCAAGAAGCUUGCAGUAAUGGCGAAGAGAGCUGUAGAAGAAGGGGGGUCGUCUCACAGGGACAUCAAGCUGCUGAUUGAAGAUACUGUUGCUCAUGGAGGAGACCAUGAGAUUUGAAGCUGUCGAUGAUUAAUUGAUCUAAUUGUGAUUAUGAAUUUUGGUUUCCUGGCAAACCAGUGGUCAUUGUUGAGGCAUGAAUGGGCCAUUUCUUGCGUAAUCAAAUAAAGCUUUUCAUUUUGUGA